CUCGGUCUCUUUCGCUUCCGCGUCCCAAACUGCAAGACCGGGAUCUGCCCGGCGACCGGUGACGUCACUGACAGAGCGGGCUGCCAUUGGCCAGCACGAAAUAGCGGCACCAAUAGCGGCUCUGGAGGCGGGGCCCGGGCUGGGGCGGGGCCGCAGCGGAGCAGCGCGAUGGCUCCGGCGCUGGGGCUGGGGCUGCUCUGAGGGCUCCUGGGGGAGCUGGGGGGCGCGACGAGAGGGGAACCCCACUGAACCCCCAUCUUGGGUCCCGUGAUCUUCGUGCAUCCCCUUCUCCAGCACCGGCAACGCCUGUACCCCCUCAUCUGGCACCGGGAUCCCUCUGCACCCCUCCUCAUCUCAUUCCCGUGUGUCUGCAAUUGUCACCGGGUCCUGUUCACCCCCCGGAGUGUCCCUGGAGUGUCCCCAGAGUGUCCCUAAGGUGUCUCCAGUGAACAUGGAGCCCCACAAGGCACUGAAGGCGCUGGUGGCCGUGGUGGCCACCCUGGGUGAGCUGGCGGCCAGAGUGGCCAGGCUGGACUGGGACAUGUCCCCAGAGUCCCUGCGUGCAGCCUUGAGGAAAUUCACCUGGCAGCUCUGGGACACCCUGGACCGGGGUGCUGUCACCUCCCUGAACCAGCAAGGUGUCAUCUCCCUGAGCCAGUGCGGUGUCAUACCCCUGGGCCAGGCCCUGGCUGCCCUCCGGGCCACCCCAGGGGCGGACUGGGAGGAUGUGAGAGCUGAGGCCAAAGCUUGGCGGGAGUCGGUGAAUGCGCUCGUGAAGAGCCUGGACCAGCUGGCUGGGGAGGUCCAGGAGCUCCCCGGAGCCUUCGAGAGCAAGGACCGUGCCAAGAUCAUUGACUUCAUCCAGGACCUGCAGAACGAGACUGCCAGCCGCAGGACAGCUGGGGACAACCUGGUGGCCACAGCCUGGCAGCCGCUGGUGGCCCUGGCCUCAGUGGUGGCCAUCAAGGCCAGGGAAGAGGCUGUGGUGGCCACCAGGCAGGGGGUGGGGUCCACCAGGAGGGAAGAGUGGCUGCAGGAGGCCCUGGGGCUGCUGAGGCGCUUGAUGUUCGCGUGUGAGGAAGCCAGGCGGCUCACAUGGGAGCUGCAGUGCCAGCUUGGGCACCUUGAGUUAGUCCUGGAGAAGGAACAGAAGGUGUUCCUCAGUGUCCUCCAGGCCUUUGCGGCCACAGUGGCCAAGGCCAAGCGGUUGUCUGAGGCCAGUGCCCGCGUGACCACGCGUCACCUGCUGGUGACACUUGGGGACAUCUACCACCUCCUCUUGAGUCCCAGUGAUGGCUCCGGUGGCCCUGGUGGCCUCUCAAUGGCCAAGCGGUGUCGAGAAGCCACCAAGGCCACCCUGAGGCCGUGCAAAAAACAGCGCACAGCACCACCACAUGGGGACACCAAUAAUGGCAGCUCAAUCCCAGGAACACCUGAACAGCCUGAAGGGACCUGGGGAAAACCCGAGCCAGGAGCAGUUUGUGACAUCGCCAGCCAGCUCCCAAGGGACCCUGACUUAUUACCCCCAGGGACACGAUGUGAACUGGCAACUUCCGAAUCGAUACGUUUUUUAAACAGCUCUUGCCAUGAAUGCAUUCCCAUAGGAGUUACUGGUAUUUCACACCAAACACAAGACUUUCUAAUUAUAGGCAAGGACACUAACAGAAUUCUUGGACUUUCAGUUCUUCCAGCUGUCAUUUCAGUAAAUUCUAACAAAGAGCUGAGGGUUUUAGCUCUUGCUUACAAGGCUCCAAUGGUAAUUCAACCCAAAACACCAAUAGCUAUUGCUAUCGCAUUGCCAAUGAAUACAAAUAAGCGCGCUGUACACCCAGAAAUGCCUUUUCAGAGCUCUAACCUUCAUGGCCGUUGGAUAAAACGUAUCACCAAUGAACGGCCAGAGCAGAGGUGCAGUCUGACGCACCAUGGUAAAACAGUUCGCGUUACAGGCAAGCUGGACACAGGGUCAGAUGUCACUGUGAUUUCUUAUGAAUUUUGGCCGAGGGAUUGGAAUCUGGUGCCACCUGACCAUGCUCUCACAGGGAUUGGAGGAGGUACACGGAGUAUGCAAAGUGAAUCCAUGAUUACUGUCACAGGUCCCGAGGGAAAGACAGCGACCACCCGUCCCUACGUGGUGAAGAAGCGCAUCACACUAUGGGGGAGAGACGUGAUGUCCCAGUGGAGAGCAAAGAUGGAACUGGAUUCUUGAUGAAAACCACAGCGAUGCCUGUCACUUGUUAUUAAAUUGUCAUUAUUAGCUUAUCAUUACCAAGUUAUUGUGGUAAACCAACCAGCUCAUUUGGAUAGAUCUGUGGUCUCUUGAACAGAAAAAAUUUAGUGAGUGAACAACUCAAAACAUUAGUGAGCAAACAACUACAAAAAGGCCACACCAAACACAGAAAUAGUCCUUGGAAUUCCCCAGGAUUUGUCCUUCACAAGAAGACUUCUCUGAUUCCUGGAGAUUGCUUUAUGACUUGAGGAAGAUCAACGAAAUGAUAGAAGACAUGAGGCCUUUACGACUUGGACUUCCUUUUCUUUCCAAGAGAUUGGCCUCUUGCUGCCAUUCACUUAAAAGAUUGUUUUUUCAACAUUCCACUGCAUUCAGAGGAUGCUCCUCGAUUUGCCUUUUCAAACCCAUGGAGAAGAAGGUGAAGAAGAAGGUGCAAAAAGACAACUGAUCCACGCCCCAAAUCCUCCAUCUUGCUCUCUCUCAGUAUCACUAUAUAGUAAAACCCCAAACUCUGAUUUUUCCACGGUGUGUUACCACACACCCUCAUUCAAAGUACAUCCCCCUGAUGUCAGUGCUAUCACCCAUUUUUGGAAGGCUGUUCCAAGGCCUCACGUCAAACGCAGUGCUUCCCUGGGGUCAGUGCCCGUCAGCACAGAGAGUCCAAAAUUCUCAGCAUCCAGAGUUCCAACACACCCCAAAAUCAGAAUGAGACAAUCACAAUCGCCUGAUGUUACAACACCUAAAAAUCCCCCAGGCCCCACUUCUGCCCCCUCAGUCUCACAUCCCUCAGGUGCUGCAAAGAGAGGGGGGAGCGGGGGGCACCGGGAUGAUGAGGGGCUCCUUGCCAUGCCACCAUCUACAGCAAUAAAGCCAGGAACAUCAGAGCCACAUCUCACAUUUGUAGAUGGCCCAACAGAUGUGACAGAGAAACAAUGCAAGGAUGACCUGGCACGUCUUUAGCUGCUUCAAAAUUUUGCCUUUGUCAAUGCUAACGAGGAAUGCAAAUGAAUAAUUAGAGCCUUGCCUGAUCCACAGCCUGCCUUACUUCAAAUGAUCCGAGUUUGUAGAGAAAAGGAGAUCUGACAGUAUAUUACAAAACCCAUUGGUGCUUUUAAAUUAUGUUGGUUUAAAUUCUGUUAAGUUUAGGCCCCUGUUAAGCUUUAGUUACUUAAGGUUUUGUUAAGUUUUGUAAGGUUUAAGUGAUAUUAGGUUUAUAUUCUAUUAAUUUAAAGUUCUAUUACAUGGAAGUUUUAUUAAGCUAAUACAAUUUAAGAUUAUUUCGCCAAAAUUUAUCCAUAUCAAGUUUAAGUUUUAUUUAAUUUUAAAAUUAUCCUAAGUUUUAAUUAAUGUUAAAACAUGCUUAUCUAAUUAGCAAAGUUUAGUUAUUUUCUCUUAGAAUAAGACUGAAACAGCUGAAACACUGACGAACACCUGUUUGUGGACGGAACAAGAUACAGUUUUUUGGACCCUUGAUUUCCUGAAAGGUUUUAUUAUUUAUUACAAUCUCUGCUGUUUUAUCUUCCGUACAUAAUACAGAAGAGUCAUGACAAUUCUACAUCGAGGCUGUCAUUGGUUCUGAGCUGUUUUAGUGUUUUUCUGUGUUUUAUCUCAAGGUCAUAAGUACAUGACUUUAAAAAGGUGUUAACUUCCUACGAUGAUUGGUGCUGAUAUAUUGAUUACAUGAUGUGAAUUUGUUAAUUUUCUAUAUUUAUAACUGACUUCUCAUAUCCUUUAACAUUUCUUUUCCUAUUAUCCAAAAGAUGCGUGUCAUUUCAAGAUCCUUCCUUUUUAUUUUCUAACUGCUUAUUUUUUAAGCAUUUCAUAACUGCUGCUGUUAAGAUCUUUGUUUUAGAAAUGUAUUUAGGGACCUCACUCCAGUUUAGAGCCUGAGCCCUGGCCAGGCCCUGACUCUACCUGGAUGGAUGUUUCACCAACAAGCCCAGAUGCUUUCUGCAUCAAAACUAGAUUCAAGUCACUCUGACUUGGCAAUUUGACCCUAUAAAAUGACAGCCAGACCGAUCUUUGGAGUGGACCUGAACACUUUGCCUGAGAAAGGAUGUCUGGGUCCCCACUGGAAAGAGGUUUGUCAGCUUUUUGCAGACUCUGGGGUGAUGGUACAAUGUUUUAGUGUUUAAUAAUCAUCCAACUUCACGUGUGUUACCAUUAACAGUCAUUAAUUAUGCCUGUCAUCUGAAAUAUUCUUAGUUGUUGCACCUGAAUUUUCCUGAUUGCUGUCAGUUCUUAACAACAGUCACACAUUUUUUCAUCAGAGUACCUGUGCACUUAUGCAAUGUUUCAUAUUUCCAAAGAUCAAGCAAAAGCAAUCAUAAAUACGUGCCCAGUCUGCCAGCUGGUGCAUCCCCUGUAUCCACAGGAGCAGUCAACCCACGAGGAUUGCAGAGCUUGCAAUUAUAGCUAACAGAUUUUACUAAAUACCCAUUUUUUGAGAAAUAUACAAAUAUCCACCUGUCAGUGGAUAUAUCCUUAAGUUCAGUUUUACACCAGUACCCUCUGGGAAAAUGAAAAGAAAAUCCUUUAGUUUUGUUCAGAAAUCCAGAGUCAGGACAGAUUGAAGGUACACUCUAUUAACCCAGGACAAAGGGCUUGCCUGUGUUUCUGCAGGUGCAGGACCCAGGUGGAUUCCAGCCAAGAACAUGAAGCCACAUCAAGCACAGAAACACGCUGACAACUCCAAGAGCAGGGGAGCAAGCAUGCAAGAUGUGAACUGCACAGAGACUGUAGCUAAUGGCAGAAAUCUUCUGUCCCACAUGCAAGAACUGUGAGUCUUGGGUUUUGUGUCAAUGUAAAAAGUGUGGGAAUUGUUAUCGUGGAGCUCUACUGGCACAGGCGUGGUGUGCAUCGUGUCAUGAUUUAGAAUCCCAAACAAAGCACAAAGCCUUUGAAUUUUUAGUUGCAGUGGGUCAUGAAGAAGAAAAUAGCCCCCAUGUUCCUAUUCUUAGGGAGGAAUGUAGAAGAGAAUUUUUGAUAGAAUCAAAAGAGAUUCAAAUUUGCAGAGUUGAGUACAAACCAAAUAAUUUAGUGGCCGGUCCGGGAACAAAUUUGUGAAAAAACAAAAAAAGGGAUGUGCUAAAAGAUUUGCUUGGAAAUGAAAAAUUAAAAAGGAAGUGCCUUAAAUCAAAAAGCAUGAAGGUAAAUCAGGUAUCAUAUCUAGAUCUAUUUUGUUUGCCUUCAGCAAUGCAACCUUACCUGUCGAUCAACCAAAGACCAACGUUUGGGGAUCAGUAGUGUUGUAGAAUUCCUUUGUUAGAGAAUAGUUGAAGGGAAACAUGGGGCUCUGUUGAAUGUUAUGCUUGUGCUUUUUUGCUUUGCUUGCUUUUAGUAAUUUGCUUGCUUUUAGCAGUGCAAAUUUGCCAAUUAGUCAACCUAAAACAAAUGUCUGGGUGGCUUUAGCCAAUGCAUCAGAUUUAAAUAUCCUCUGUAUUUCCUAUACAACCCCAAAAAGCCAUUUUCCACCUGUUUAGCAGGUGUGCCAGUGGAUACUUGGCUAAUUCCAGAGAAAACUGACAGAGCCAUUCAAGGUACACUUGCAGGAUCAUCCACAUGGGAUCUUUGGUCCCUAGUAGAGGCAUGGGACUGGUGCAUUCCUCACCUUCCCAAGGCAUCUCAUGAACCUGAAGAAUUGGACAUCUUUGGUUCUGUAAACAUGUUUCUUUUCGUGCCAAAUUUAACUAUACAGGGAAAGAUCAAUUUUUGGUCGAGGAUGUUUCUCCAUACCACUCUACAUACAAAAAUGAGAUUAAUUGGUGUAAUCACGCUUCUUUGAUUCAAACCGCAUUAAUGAUUUGUCUUACUGGCACAUGGGUAUGGGUGUGAAGAUUUUGAAGGGAUUUGUUGGACAAAUUUAUCAGAUCACUCAGAAUCUAUUCAUAAAUGUGUAUAAAACCUUAAGGAAAGUGUACCAAAAUUAAAAUUAAUGAUGACACUUAAUAUGACUGUUUAAUAAAUAGAAUCUUACAUGGUAGGUGAAAGAGCUGUUAAAAAUGAGUGUGUGUAUAUAUAUAUAUAUGUAUAUGUCAGAGAUUACAUGAAAAGAACCACAUGAGGACACGCUGGUGAGCAAAGCAGGGAAAAGAGUCAAGUUUAUUUACAAAAUUCAAUUUUAUACAUUUCCUAUGGGGCCUGUGGAUUGGAGGAUGGAAUUCCAUCUCUCACCAUAUUGGUCAAUCCAACUGUCAAUCAACUUUCUCCUGCCACCUAAAAAUGUGUAACCAAUGCAAAACAGUUAGCAAAACAUGGCCAUUGUUUAUAGUUCAAACUGAGACAGUAAAAAUUCUGACUCCAAUAUGAAGAACAUUACAGAAGGCUUAGAAAAAUCUUCAAAACCAGGGCGACAUCUCCCCCUUUUUAUCUUUAAAAAAAAAAAACGGAGAAAAAUGAACAAUUUUUAAAAUGGAAAAACUCUACAAACUUCAGUGAUUGUUCGUGGAGGAAUCAUCAGAGUGAUCACUCGCAUCGUCUGCAUCCGAGUCAUCACAUGAGGAUUCAUCCUCUUGACGACCUUCAGUCUGGUCACGGCCUCCACCUUGCCUGUUGGCCGGAUUCUGCCUCUGCUGUCGCAGGUCAGGACGGACACACUUUGAAGGUACCCAGCAUGUUCCAGUAUCUGUGGACACACAUGCAUACCCACGCCCCAUAACGAUCAGGUCAUAGGAUCCUUCCCAUUCUUUGGUGACUAAAUUCCAGACCUGAACCUUCACUUGAGGCUGAUGCGUGUCGUCCGAAGCCUGGAGUGAGAGGAGGUGGUUUACAAUGAAAGGGUUACUUGAGUUCUGCGGAACCGUAAGGUAGUUGAUGGUGUAGAAAGCCUUGGCCAAGCGACUGUGGGGUUUCACCCUGCAUUCCCUGUUCUUGUUUUUGGAGAACAUGCUUGAGUGUACCAUGAGCACACUCUACAAUUGCCUGUCCUGUUGGAGAAUGAGGGAUGCCAGAGUUGUGGUUCACACCCCACAACCGUACGCACUGCCGUACCUAUUGAGAGGCAUAAGCAGGACCAUUGUCGGUUUUCACAGCAGAAGGUAUGCCGAGAACGGCAAAGGCCUGCCUUCAGUGGGCAAUGGCAUUGCGGGCCUUCUCCCCAGUGUGAGCUAAAGCCCACAUCGCAGAGGAGAACGUGUCCACCGUGACAUGCACAUACUUCAGCCGGCUGAACUCAGCAACCUGGGUGACAUCGGUCUGCCAAAGCUCCAAGGCCUUAAGGCCCCUGGGGUUAACCCCUGCCAGCAAUGGCGCACCAAGGGUGACAGAAGUCAGCAAUCUCACGAGCUUCAGUGGCCAUCAGGUGGAACUGCUUCUGCAGUGUAUGGAUGUGAUCCCUUGGCCUGCGCGAGUGUGUCAGGCUGAGGAGCUGCCCACGCUGGGUUAGCCAACUUGUCAGUCCUCGCGUUACCUUCCGCUACAAACCCCGGCAAUUUGUGUGACUCUGUACAUGCAGAACAUAAUAAGGAUGAACCCUGGCCUGAAUUGCACACCACAAGGUCUUCAGCAAAUGAAACAAGGCAGGGUUACUGACCUCCUUCAAAACUGAAUACACCUGUGCAAUGUUGGUAACCUAAGCAGAAUCCGUGACCAGAUUGAAGGGUGUCUGGGAAAAUUUUUCGAAUGUCAUGAUGGCAGCCCUUAGUUCAACCAGUUGGGCUGACCCAUCCUCAUGGCCUUCCCAAACCUGCCAUUCAGAUCCAUCCUGCCAGGUAACAAUGGCCUUCCUUGUUUUUCCUGAACCGUCAGUGAAGGUGGUGGGUCCUUGCACUGGCUCUUGGCUAUUGGGUCAUAAUGAAAUUUGAGUAAGUUUUGCCACUUGCAAUAGCUUAUGGCUGGGCAGGUGGUAAGUGAUGUGCCCUGAAAAACCCUCUAGAGCACUUUGCAGCGAAACAUUGUUCGCAUAGCUCCAAUUGAAAUUCUCCCGUUGUGGGAGAAUGAUCUUUGAGGGAUCUGCACCCGUCAGUUGUAAACAGCGUUGCCUACACUUGAUUCUCAAGCAAGCGAUCAGCUCAAAAAACGCAGUCACCGUCCUACACGGCUGAUGAGGCAGGAAGACCCAUUCCAAAACAUGCAAGCGGUCAGAACAAUCGUCAUUCCAUUGACCAGUGAUACCUGUGGGAUGUAAUUCCAAAGUGGUUAUGAACAGAGUGAUAUCAACUGAAGGUUCAAUGCGGUAAACUUGGUGUCCUGGGUUGAAAAACGUAACCAAAAAUGUGUAUUCUAUUUUCAUCUGUUGAAGUCGGUUGGUAGAUAUUGUUCUUUAUCUCUUGUGACUCUAAGGGGGAAAGAGGGCAGAUGCCUUCUGUUAAUGGGACACCUGAUAACACCAGAUAAGGCAGUGCCUUCUUAUCUCCUCCUCCACCCACCCUCCUCUGAGGGACAUCACCUGUGAAUGGGCCAUUUAAGGCCUCUCACAUGACUGAUAACACUACUUCAUUCCACUGUGAGAUGCUCCACCCAGUGGGAGGAGCCAGAGCCUUUCCACUGAGAUAAAACCAGCACUCCCAAACACCAAGGGGGCCUGUUUCCACUGGAUUCCCAGAGGACAACUGGACCUUUUCUUGAGGAUCAUCUCUACUCCAAUGGAGCCACAUCUGUCACUCUGGGAGGACUUAUUUUGGGCUGCUUCCAACACCCUGACCAACAGGCUCUCAGGUUUGCAUUCCGACUGUCAGUGGUCCUUUGUACUUUUGCAUUUGUCUUACUUUAUAAUUAUUUUAUUUUUAUUCUUUUUGUUAUUUCUUCUCUCUCUAUUAAAUUGUAUUUCUGACUUGGAGUCUCACUGGUUUUGCUUUCAAACCAGCACACUUGGCAAGCAGAAACAGCUUGCUGAACCUCCUCCAGCAUGUUACGUGCCUCAGGGGUCAAUUCACGAGGUGAUUUUAAAUCAGAGUCCCCUUUUAGUAAUUCGGACAAGGGAGACAAUUGUGUGUUGGUUAGUCCCUGGUUAUGUAUGUAUCCAGGUGAUUACACCUACCAUAUUUUGGGCAUUGUUCAGUGUUCUCACUGAAUGCACAAAUUGCACUUCCUGGUCACAGAUUGUCCGUUCCAGAAUUUUGACCCCCAAAUAUUUCCAAGGAGGUUGCUGUUGCACCUUUUCUAGAGCCACCUGCAGUCCAUGUGAAUGCAGAGCAUUCAACAACUGAGGCUGAGUCCUCAGCAGGUCAUCCUGGGUGGAUGCAGCCACCAAAAUAUCGUCCAUAUAAUGGUAGACAUGAGCAUUGGGGAACUGCUUGUGGACUCCAGACAAGGCACGGGCCACAUACUAUUGGCAUAAUACCUGGAAAUUUUGCAUGCCUUGAGGCAAAAACUUCCAUUGAUAUCGCUGUGUAAGCUCAGCAUUAUAUAUUGCUGGCACCGUGAAGGCAAACUUUGGUUUGUCAUCAGAAUGCAAAAGAACUGAGAAAAAACAAUCUUUUAGAUCCACAAUGAGGACUGGCCAGACUGCAGCAAGCAUGGUAGGCAAUGGCAUGCCCGCCUGCUAUGUUCUCAUGCUUUCCAUCAUGGCAUUGACUUUGCAGAGAUCUUGUAACAACCUCCAUUUCCCAGACUUUUUCCUGAUACAAAAGACAGGAGUGUUCCAGGGACCGGUAGAAAGCUCCAGAUGACCCUGGUCCAACUGCUCCUGUACAAGUUCACGAAGGGUGACUAGCUUGUCAUGAGAGAGGGGCCACUGGUUCUCUCAGAGGGGUUUGUCCACCAGCAGCUGUAAAGGAGGCGUCGGACAUUCUGCGCCCUUCAUUGCAGUGGCCCCCAUCAAAAAUCCAUCCCGAUGCGCACCCCCUACGCAGCCAGAACAUCUCUCCCCCAGAGGUUAGCAACAGUCUCAGUAACAUGAGGGCAGACCACGGAUGGCCAUCUGUCACUCCGGGUUUGUGAUCAGCACGGGCUGCUGGCUCACAUAGCACUGCGCCAUUCCUCCCAGUCCUGUGACAGGCGUCUCCACCUGGUCCAAGGGGCACUCUGGAGGCCAGGCAGCUAGGGAGAGAACGGUAAUGUGUGCGCUGGUGUCGAGAAGACCGCGGAGAUGAAUCUCUGGCGGUGUGGCACCAGGCAGGGACAAGGUGCACAGCAUCUUGCGAUGGUCCUGGGUCAGGACAGUGGUCCAGUGAACUUGAGGUGGCCCAGUGGAUCCGAAGCCGCCCUCUCCUUGUGCCCGGUCCUCUUCCUGUGAACAGAAGACUUAAAAGGCACAAGUUGAGCGAUCCGCAACCCUUCCAGGAUAGUGACGGGGGGUGGGUGUGGAGACCAUAGCACGAAGUGAAAUCUGUGUCAAUGCGUCCCAUGUGCACAAAGAUACCCUGAAGGGUGGCACUAAAUCUCCCCAUAAGGAGAGCACUCGUGCCAUUACCCAAGGGACCAAAGGCAUCCAAGGGGACCUUGUGUAUUUUGCCAGACUCUAAGACAACGGUUGCUGCUGUGCAGACAUCAACACCUACAGACCCGCGGGUGCUGGCUGCAAGCCGGCUAAGCAGACCUCCAUCGUCUCUGGGGCUUGGAGAGAAGCUUGUGUCUGGGAGUGUCUACCCUUCACGCUCCGCUUCCCGUUUCCCGAGCCCGGCAAAGCCUGGCCAUUAGCAUGAACAGUCGCCUUGCAGACAUUUGCAGUAUGGUUCAGCCUUCCACACCGACCACAAAAACCAAGGGAGUUGUGAUCCUCUGUACCUUCUUUCUGCUUGGUUUCUUGCUGGCCUGCGCAUUCCCCUACCAUCCCUGCGGUACUGCCCAGACGGGCUGCACAGAAGUAGCCACGGCAGGCUGCAUGGCAGUAGCCACAGUGGCCAGUUUUUGAACUGAGGUGCCUAUCCUUGCACAGGCCUCUGCCAUCUGGAGGACAGAAGGAUCACCAGGAAGAGCCUCUAUAAUUCUCCUAUGAUCUGCAUUGUAAUUACUUCUGGCAAGUUGUUUAAGCUUCAGGGUCUCCCACCUGCUUCUCCACAAAGGCAGUCAGUGUCUCUGCAAACUGUAGGAAAGACUCAUCAGCCCCCUGAACAACAGUCACAAAAGAUUCUUUCGGAGCAGCUAUUUCUAUGGUUUGCCAUGCCUGUUGUCUGGCACUGAUUGAGCACAGCGAUAUCAAAGCCAAUCUGCUGAUUAGGACCAGCAGAAUUGCCUGUGCCUGUCAGCCCAUCAGUGCCAAUCACACGCCUGGGAUCCCGCUGAUCCAGUGUAGCAUUCCGUUCCACUGCUCUGACUGCCAGCUGAGUCUAUUUACACUCAAAAAUGUCGUAUUCUACAGCUUGAAAGAGAACACGAGCCAAGCUUCUGAUGUCAUACAGCGUCAGAAUGUCCACAUUGAGCACCUGGAGCAGUUGCAUGACUUCCACAGACCCCAGACCAUAUUUUCCCACCUUAUCACGAAGUUCCAUGAGAGCCUUCCACGAUAAGGGGUGAUAAGUGUUAUGAGGGACACCCCUAAGCACAGGGAAAGCCUGGGAACCUCGUGGUAAGGCAGCAGCACCUGCCAAAUCCCAUCCUGCAGACCCCACAGGGACAGGGGCAGAUGCCUGACUAGGAGUCAGCUCAACACCAUCCGGUAUCACCGUCCCAGCAUCCCCAGCAGCCACAGCAGGGCUUGGAAUUCCAUCUCCACACUCCAGGGGGUGAUGUCCAAAGGCACAGUCACACAUCUCCUCGACCUUAGCUUUAACAUCUCCCCAAAAUUGCCCAUGAUCUCUCGGACACCUGACACGGGGGAAGGGUCCAAAAGGCACCUGAAGAAGAGCCACCAGCACAGUGUCCCUUGCCCCUGGCAAGUGCCGGCCUCAUGCCGGCUGUGUCAGUGCUUGCGCCAAAGGUGAACACCCCGGCGCUCGCACUCGCCGCAGCCCCGGUACUCACGGGAGCAGUGGGGCUGGAGCCUGGCCAGUCACUGCUGGGGACAGGCCAGUCCCCGCAGAACUUGCACCCGACGGCAGCCCUGCA